AAAUUAAAAAACAGCGUAUUAACUCAGAAGAUGAAUUACCAGAGAAUUGGUCUGAACCAUCUGAACCUCAAGACGACUUUGAUCGACAAGAGGUUGUAGAGUCAAUUUUAGGUGCCGCAGCAUUAAAUGUCGAGUACGAAUUGAUGAAUGAAAGUUUGGAUGAAGAAAUGAUGAAUAAAAAAUUAGAUGAAAUGAUAGAUGAAAUAGGUGAAGAUUUAGAUGAAAUGGUGGACGAAAUAGAUGAAGAUUUAGAUGAAAUGGUGGAUGAAAUGAGCGAAAUAAGCGAAGAUUUAAAUAAAUUAAAUGAAACAUGGAAUAACAUAGUGAAUGAAAAGUCAAAUGAAAAAUUAGAUAAAAGGUCAGAUAAGAAGUUAGGCAAAAGAGUGAAUAAAAGAUCAGAUGAAAUAUUGAGCAAAGAAUUAAAUGAAAAGGAAAAUACGAUAGUAAAUAUAUCCGAUGAAGAAGAAAGUGCAUUGUCUGAAUUAUCAGAAGCUGAAGCCAUUGGUAGAAGCUUACCUGAAAAUGAUCAUGAAGUUCAUUGA